AUGUACCUGCAGUAUUGGAACUUGCGCCUCGACGAGCCGGCCUGGAUAAGGGAGGGCUCUGGCUCCGAAGCCGCCCUGGCAGAUCGUAGCCGAGCCGAGGCGGCCGCGGUGGCGGUGCGGCUGAUGAUGGAGGUGGAGGAGGAGGACCGUCGCACUGUGCCUUCCCUGGGAGAUCCAAGCAGAGCCGCUGUGGCCGCGGCGGCGGGGCCGCUGUCGCCUCGCCCGCUUCCUCCGACGGCGCGGAUGCCUCCUGCUUCCACCCGAAGCAAUCCCCCAGCAGCGGCGGCGCCUUCGACACCUUACCUUAAGCGGCGGGAACGAGCAGCUCGGGCUGAGCUGGACAAACGGUUGAGCGACGUUACCCCACCGCCAGAGGACGAUGACGCGAGGUUCAGAGCUGCCGCGGAGAAGAUCAUGAAGCGCCGGCCAAUUCUUGACUCUCGCCUGAAAUGCUCGCGCUGUGGAGAAGAUCUUGAAGGCCGAAAGAUGCUUCUGAAGGUAUUAGAGUUGCCCGCCGAUCUGCGGACGGAUCGACUGAUGACAGCUGCCAGUAAGUUUCUGGACGAGCAUCCGGCUCCUUUACCGUAGUUUCUUCACUCUGAAAUUACUGUAAAUCGGAGUUUACUUGAUCCUAAGAAUUUUCUGGACGAGGAAUUUUGGUGUU